CCCCAAAUUCAAAAUAUUCGACCGUUUAAGAUCCCUAACGUUAAACUCCUCCGCUCCACCGACUAGCCUCUCCCGAAGACAUUGAGACAUUCUCCUGAUAUCAUUCUCUCUCCUUUACCAAUAAAAAGGUUUCCGAUCCUAGAUUCCAGAGAGAUUAUAUAUCCGAUUCUGGUCGUGAAGUGAAUUCUCGAUGGCGGUCACCGAGGAAUCGUUGACAGACGGUGGAAUCAUGAUCGAUGAGACCUAUGAGUUCUCGGCGCCUCGGUUCUUUGACUUCGUUAAAGGAGAGACGAACGAGGAUACUCGCAAAGCAGAGCUCUGGUUCGACAACGCCCUCAGCUACGCGCCUUCACCUUUUAUGUCUAGAAUCAAGACAACUAGAAGAUCAGUUAAGGUUGAUACAUUGUGCGACUUUAGCGAAGCAGACCAAAUGCAGAAGGUCUCAGAAUCAUCGGAUGCAGCAGCAACUGAGUAUCCCUCAGAGAUUAAGCUUCAAUCCAAUGACAAAACCACUGAAAGUAAGGGAGAAGAGGUGAUCCGGAAGGAGCCAAAGGAAGAAAACGAGAAAAACCUUGAUGUUGAGAUUUCUGCCGUUAAGGAGGUUGCAUGUGUAGGAGAAUGUAAAGGGGAGGCAGCUAAUGAAAAGAUAAAUUCGGGAGGUCAAGUGGGAACUGAAGCAUGCACCCCUAGACCAACAGUGACUUCUCGAAAGGGAGAACUUCAAGCCACUGAUUCCAAGAAGCACCAAACGGCUAGAAAGAUAGCUAGUUUGGUUCAGAAUCCAUCUGCAUUGAAGGCGAAAACUCAGUUGCAGUCUAAAGUUAAGAGUGCCAAGACAUCCAGUGUGACGAGGUGGGACACAAAUGGGAAGAAAACUACGGGGACUCCCAGUUUGUUGGCUCAAGAUAACCAGGCUAUUAAGCGGCAGAAGCUGGAAGGAGGUAGAUCUAGACAGAUCCUUACUGUUAAACCACCCCAGAAUCUGCCCCACAAAUCAAAAUUGGGUCUUACAAGUAGCAGUUUAGGCUUAUGCUAUGCAGUUGGUAAUAAAAUGAACAAAGAGGACAGAAAGGUUUAUGUUCGGGAACCAGCUGCACCAUUUGUUUCCAUGGCAGAGAUGAUGCAGAAGUUUCAAUCAAGUACUAGAGACUUGUCAUUGCCAUACACUAAUCGCUUUCUUUCACAUGAUGAUACCGGUUCUGUUAUCCAGAGCAAGCCUACUCUCUCUUUGACAAGACCUAAAGAACCUGAACUUGAAACUGCUCAGCGUAUCCGUCUUGUAAAGGUAAAAAGCACUGCAGAGUUGGAAGAAGAGAUGAUGGCUAAAAUCCCCAAGUUUAAAGCUCGACCAUUAAACAAGAAGAUUCUAGAAGCGCCAACAUUACCUGUAUUACCAAGAAGUACACCACAGCCAACACAGUUUCAAGAAUUCCACUUCAUGAGAAUGUCAAAGGCGAAAGACAAGGAAGAAACAGCUUCAGUAGCCUCAUCAAGACUGUCUCAUCAGACUAAUCAGUGGAAACCUCAUCAAAAGGAUCCUAAAAGUCCAGUUCUUCAAACGUCACUGAGGGCCCGUCCUCCCAAGGUGAAAAGUUCUUUUGAACUUGAGCAAGAGGAACUUGAAAAGGUUCCAAAGUUUAAGGCAAGACCUUUGAAUAAGAAGAUAUUUGAAAGCAAAGGGGAGAUGGGAAUUUUCUGCAAUGAGAAAAAACACGUAACAAUACCUCAAGAAUUUCAUUUUGCUACGAAUGAGAGGAUUCCACCGGCAGCUGCAGUAAAUGAUUUGUUUGAUAAGCUAUCGUUGAAUUCUGAACCUUGCAAUGACAAACCAUUGCCUAGAAAUACAACACCCAAUCCAUUCCACCUUCACACAGAGGAAAGAGGCAUUCAGAAAGAGAGGAAAUUGGUGACAGAAAUUAUGCAGAAGCAGUUGGAAGAUGAAAGAGCAAGGAUUCCCAGGGCUUACCCUUAUCCCUAUACCACUGACUAUCCUGUGAUUCCACCGAAACCUGAGCCCAAGCAAUGCACAAAACCAGAGCCUUUCCAGCUGGAGAGUCUGGUUAGGCAUGAGGAGGAAAUGCAAAGGGAAGCAGAAGAAAGGAGGAGGAAGGAGGAAGAAGAGGCCAAAUUGAGGAUAUUUAAGGCACAGCCUGUCCUCAAAGAGGACCCCAUCCCUUUGCCUGAAAAAGUGCGCAAACCUCUUACGCAAGUACACGAAGUUAAUCUCCAUGUAGACCACAGGGCUGAGGAUAGAGCAGAAUUCGAUCAUAAGGUCAAGGAGAAAGAGAUGAUAUAUAAGAGAUACAGAGAAGAGAGUGAAGCUGCAAAGAUGAUUGAGGAAGAGAAGGCAUUGAAACAGUUGAGAAGGACAAUGGUUCCACAUGCAAGGCCUAUGCCUAGUUUUGAUAAUCCAUUCUGUCCACAGAAGGCUUGCAAAGAACCAACAAAGCCCAAGUCACCAAAAUUGCGCGUCACGAAAAGGAAAGAAAAGCGAAGAGUAAUCAGCACUGUCGCUGCAGUUUCUAGUGCUGCUUCUAAUAUGAGGUGAUGAUCGACAGUUGGGGUGGCUGAAGUUGUUCAGUUCAAGAACUCUCUUGAACUGUUGAACGUCCCUGUAGAAAUAUUAUGUACUCCAUUUUAAUAUAGUUUCAGCAAAUGUGACAGUGCCCAACACAUCAUGUAGAGGUCUUGGUUAAAGUGACCAUGAAUUUCACUGCAACAAGAUCACAAUCUUCGGUUUUUUUGGUAUA